AAGAAUAAGAAUAAGAAUAAGAAUAAGAGGAGGAUAAGGAGAUGGAUGUGUAGUUUGAUCGGAGGAGGAUUGGAAGAAGCCCCGAUGAGAGAUUCCAUGGCGUCCUUUCAUCCCUUCCACGCUCACCGGCCUGACUUCCACAUGUCUGCCUUCCUCGCGGCCGCUCAGCCUUCCUUCUUCCCGGCUCUGGGUCUCCCUGCCGGGCCGCCGCUGGGCAAGGUGGAUCAGCACCACCAGCACCACCAGCAGCACCACCAGCACCACCACGGCCUGGCGGGGCCGGCGGACGGCGGACUCCUGCCGGCUCUCAGCCAGCAGCAGGCGGCACAUCUCCGCGGCUUGAAGAGCCUCCAUGAGGCCGAAGAGGAGCAGGUAGAAGUGGAAGACGACCCCAAAGUCAACCUGGAGGCCAAAGAUCUGUGGGAGCAGUUUCAUCAGCUGGGCACUGAGAUGGUCAUCACCAAGUCUGGAAGGAGGAUGUUCCCUCCGUUCAAAGUGCGCAUCAGCGGUCUGGACAAGAAGGCCAAGUACAUCCUGCUGAUGGACAUCGUGGCCGCGGAUGAUUGCCGCUACAAGUUCCACAACUCCCGCUGGAUGGUGGCCGGCAAGGCGGACCCGGAGAUGCCCAAGAGGAUGUACAUCCACCCGGACAGUCCCGCCACCGGGGAGCAGUGGAUGGCCAAGGCUGUGGCCUUCCACAAACUCAAACUCACCAACAACAUCUCCGAUAAACACGGAUUUACCAUCUUGAACUCCAUGCACAAAUACCAGCCCAGGUUCCACAUCGUGCGAGCCAACGACAUCCUGAAACUUCCUUACAGCACCUUCAGGACUUAUGUCUUCCCUGAAACUGAGUUUGUGGCCGUCACUGCUUAUCAGAACGACAAGAUCACGCAGCUGAAAAUCGACAACAAUCCUUUCGCCAAAGGCUUCAGAGACACGGGCAACGGAAGAAGAGAGAAAAGGAAACAACUGUCUCUGCCAUCGUUGAGGAUGUUGGAGGAGUGUAAAGGUGAUGUAGACGCUGCAGAUUCGGAUGCUUCCAGUGAGCCGUCCAACACCAUCAACUCUCCUCUGGGAACAUCCAACAGUCCUCACAACUUCAACUCCAGACAUCAGGAAGAGAAGGUGUGCAGUGAGAGUGAGCAGGAGCAGGAGCAGGAGUUGGAGCAUGAAGAAGAUGGUUGCAUCACCUCCACAUCUUUGAGCGCAGAAGGCACGAUGACGUCAUCGAGACGCGAGGACGCGAUGUUGUCGUCGAGACGCGAGGACACGAUGACGUCGUCGAGACGCGAGGACGCGCUGACGUCAUUGAGCAAGAAGGAGGAGAAGUGGCGCAGCUUGGCGGCGGAGAAGGACAAAAGCGGGAAGGAGAGCAUGUCACCUGUGAUGGUGCAGACAGAAAGCCCCUCCCACUUCAGUCACCUGCAGAGUUUGGCGCUGUCAGGUCUUCACCCUCAGCACUUCUUCAGCCCCCUCAACGCCUCCUUCUUCCACCCGGGACAAUUCGCCAUCAACCCCGCCGCCUUGUCCGCCAUCAACAUGCAGCACCUGCUGGCCUCCAUGUCAGGCGGCCAGGUGGCGGACUCUCCGGGAGGCGGGGCCACGCCCAACACCUUCCCUUUCCACCUGUCUCAGCACAUGCUGGCCUCUCAGGGCAUCCCCAUGCCUUCACUAGGUGGCAUCUUCCCCUACUCCUACUCCUACAUGGCGGCAGCAGCGGCGGCGGCGGCGGCGGCGGCGGCGAGCAGCAACUCCUCAGGUGCGCUGGGCAGGAACCCCUUCUUGGCGUCCUCCCGCCCUCGUCUUCGCUUCAGUCCUUACCAACUACCUGUGCCCGUGUCUCUGCCCGCCUCUGAAGCCUCCAAGGCGGGCAGCCCAGAGAGCAGCCCCACUCAGCGCCGCCAUGACGCCUCGCCGCCAAGUCCUGCCAGAGAUUCCAGCAACCAGCUGCACAACAUCCAGAGACUGCUCAGCGGCCUGGACGCUCACACAGAAACUUCCUCACCUGCACACUCGCCCUAGUCAGCACCUCACACUCGCCCUAGUUAUGACCCUAACCCUAACCCUAGUUAUGACCUCACACUCACCCUAGUUAUGACCUCACACUCUACCAGGUGAUGACCUCUGACUGGGACGCCAUUUUACAUUGAAGAAGAAGAAACACACCACUUGCAUCCUCCAGCAGCAAGGACUCAUCCACCACCUCAACAACAUCAUCAACAACAACAUCAUCAACAAUAUUAUCAACAACAUCAACAUUAUCAACAACAUCAUCAUCAACAUCAUCAACAACAUCAUUCAUCAAAUACAAAAAAACAACACAAAAAAACUACAUCUUCAAAAACAACAUCAACAUCAUUAUCAACAACAUCAACAUCAUCAUCAACAACAUUGUCAACAACAUCAUCAUCAACAACAUUAUCAACAACAUUAUCAACAGCAUCAUCAUCAACAACAUCAUCAACAACAUCAUCUACAACAACAUUAACA